CCGAAGCUAUUGAUAAAAGAUAUUAUCUGGGUUGAUCCUAAGAUUAAAACAAAUGUGACAAUAGUUUAUAUUUAAUACCUCGAUCGAGAAAACAACUCCAGCUAAAAAUGGAGGCCGCAACGGAGAUCACGAAAGGGGAAAGCAAGAGCAAAAUGGAAAGACUUGACUUGGAUGAUGUUUUGGUCAACGAGUUGGGUCAAUUCGGGAGAUUUGCCCUCAGGAAUUUAAUAUUAGUGUCAAUACCGACUAUAAUGUCUGGAUUCAUGAGCGAGUACAUCUUCUCUGCUGCAGCUAUUCCUCACAGAUGUCAGAUACAAGAGUGCGGGGAGUAUAAUAAUUUACACAAUUACGAACCAGAAUGGAUUUUGAACGCGGUUCCUGCGACCGUCUCUGGAUUUUCGAGUUGCUUGAGAUAUGUGUCCAUCGCAAACGUCAACGGAACACUUGAAAACUGUCCAGCGAACAUCUUUGAUAGGAGCCAAACUGUAGAUUGUGAUGAGUUUGUGUAUGCAAGAGAUAAUUCUGUUGUUUACGAUUUCAACCUUGGAUGCCAGGACUGGCUACGAGCACUAGCUGGUACCUUAAGCAGUGUUGGCACAUUAUUCGUCUUGCCCAUCAUCGGCAUUAUAUCUGAUAAAUUCGGCAGAAGAAUCGCCUUGGUAAUUUGCAUUUUCAACGUUGCUCUGUUCGGUCUAAUGAGAGCUUAUUCUGUUAACUAUAUCAUGUACCUCGUAACUCAAGUUCUACAGAGUGCUCUUGGUGGUGGAAUUUACAGCUGUGCCUAUAUUUUUGCUGCUGAGUUAGUGGGUCCAAAAUACAGAGUACUUGUAAGCGCUAUCAGUUCUACAAUGUUUUCUGUAGGUCUAGUGGUUCUCGGAAUAGUUGCAUGGGUGAUUCAACCAUGGCGAUACAUGAUCAUGGCCUUGUUCAUCCCAUGCUUUCUUGUCAUCAGCUAUUACUUCAUCUUAUCCGAGAGCGUGAGAUGGUUGCUAUCGAAACAAAAGUUCGACGAAGCGAAGAAGGUUUUGCUGAAUGUAGCAAGAGUUAACAAAACACAUAUUUCAGAUAAGUCACUUGAAGCGUUGAUGAAUCCAAAACCUGAACCUGUUACAGAGCAUUCCAAGUCGGGACUCAUAAAAAGAGUUUUAAAAUCACCUGUUCUACUUAGAAGAGUGUGUACGACUCCGAUCUGGUGGAUCACAUCAACAUUGGUCUACUACGGUCUUUCCAUUAAUUCCACCAGCCUAUCGGAUUCUAUGUACCUUAAUUUUAUAUUGACUUGUGCCAUUGAAAUACCUGGAAAUUUCACUGCAGUGUUCAUAUUGGACAGAGUUGGUAGAAGACAGACGUUAUCUGUAUGUUUCUUUUGCACUGCUAUCUGCAACAUCGCCUUUAUAUUUAUUCCAAGUGAUUUGGAAGCACUUCGACUGAUUGUAUUUUUAUUGGGAAAAUUCUUUAUCUCAAUCGUGAUGACGGUUCUAUACUUGUUUACGUCAGAACUUUACCCUACUGAAUUUAGACACACUCUUCUUGCUUUUUCUUCUAUGAUUGGAAGGAUAGGCUCUAUCACUGCACCAUUGACUCCAGUUUUAGCUGACUAUUGGACACCGUUUCCAUCGGUUCUAUUUGGUGUUAGUGCGGUCCUCUCUGGCGGUCUCGUUCUGACGCAGCCAGAAACACUUGGCACGAAAAUGCCAGACACUAUGGCAGAAGCAGAGGCGCUUGGAAAAAAGAAAGUAGAGGAAAUGUAGAUAAAAGCUUGAAUGUAA